UCCUGUUAUAUUUCAUUCUCACAUGAUCCCUGUCGGCGCUAGCAGCACCUGGAGCGGGGCGCCGGGGAGGCACCUGAUAGCCUGACACACCAAGAACCUACUGACAGAGUUAUGGCGUGAGGUCCUCUACGCUUCACGGUUCCUGUGGCGGCGGCGACUACCUCCUCUUAACACCUAUUUAAAGUGUUUUCUCUCCCUCCUGAAGGUGCAGGAGGCGAGACACACCAAGAACCUACCGACAGAGUUAUGGCGUGAGGUCCUCUGCGCCUCAUAGUACCUGUGGCGGAGGCAACUUCCUCCACUUAACACCUAUUUAGAGUGUUUUCUCUCCCUCCUGAAGGCGCGGGAGGCGAGCUAGCAGCAUCGCACGACCCAAUUUGCACUGCCUGGACGAGUUUCAGUAUUUUUUUUCUUUUUUUAAAGUGCAGAGGAUUUUAACCGGUGUGGACGUGUUUAUUAGAGUAGUGUUAGAUUAGUGACGGUUGUCUUGAGAGGAGGAGGAGAGGCGUUCAGAGACCUCAACUUGACUGGCGUGGUUGUGGGCGCGGUGCACUCACACACACACACACACGCGCGUGUAUGUGUGGCGUGGUCAGCUGCCCGCCCUGACGUUGGACUUCGUGCUGCGUGGAGUGGAUUAAGAACCGCAGCUACGCGUGGACCCAUCGCGUCGACCCCUCGCGUCGACCCCUCGCGUGGGCCAAUUGCGUCGACCCCUCGCGUCGACCACUUGCGUCGACUCCUCGCGUCGACCGCUCGCGUCGACCCUGCUAGACGCUGCCCCCCGCAUCAACGUCGCGGGCGUGGAAGGGAAGAUUGGGGCGUGGGCGUGAUGGGGGAGCCCCGCGGAAUAAGGGGUGACCUACACCUGCCUAGCCUGGGUUACCUUCAUCCUGUACACGUGUUGUCGCAGCUAGCCAGGCCUAUCCCUCUACCCCUGGGUGUGCCACCAUUCACCCUCACGCCGCCCAUGCCCCACGCCCUCAAGAUGAUGGGCGGGGGGAUGGGCGGCAUGUAUCCCUGGGGACUGAACCUCCAGAACCACAUGUUGGGUUCUAUGAGGCCUGGAGGCCACACUCUAGGCAGAGGUCUGCCCUCCCCUGACCGCCUCCACGACCUCCACACUGACGAUGGUAAAGUUAGGGAAAUCACAGUCAGACUGACCAGCGAGCUAAACAUCUGGUUCCUAGAUGAUGGCACACUAGCAGGUACAAAGGAGUCCCUCCUACAUGACCUUACACAGGUAAUGACACGGGGACAGGAAAUGGGUCUCAUCCUGAAUCCAUCCAAAUGUGAAAUCAUCUCAGUCAACAAGUGAUAAAUGCAGUGAGAUCAAAACUACCAGGAGCAGCAGUCAUUGCCCCCACAAAUAGUGUCUUGCUAGGAGCACCUCUGGGAAGCAAUGCCAUUGACACAAUUCUCAGGAAGAAUUGGAAGAGUUA